AUGUCCAUUGACCAGGCGCUCGUCAAAAGAAAACUUCUCAAUGUUGCCACAACAGGCAGGUUUGCCACUUUCACUCCCGAAGAGACAAAUUACCACACAAAACAACUCAGGUCGUAUCUCCUAAACCACCAAGACAAAUUAGAUUCCAUUGAAUUGUUUCAGCUUUUUGAGCUAGACUUCUACUUGUCUCUAAUCACAGGUCAUGACAUUGAAGCAAAGGCAGUGCUUGAAAGAUUGAAUGACCAAUUCGGUGACAAGGUCUCGUCGCAGCGCAUCAAGCUACUCAAAUCAAUCUACUUUGAAGCUACUGGAGACUUGGAAAGUGCGGGAAAAGUAUUGAGUGAGGACCCAGAUGAGCUACUUUUGUCGAGGAGACUCACCACGUUGUCCAGACACGACGGUGUUAAGUACAUCAAUAACCUUAUCUACUAUUUGAAUCUUGCUCCCAGUGAUGUUGUUGCAUGGUGCGAGUUGGCAGAUGAAUAUGCCAAAUUGAAGGAAUACAAGAAGGCCAUUCAUUGUCUCAAGAGAGUGCUUUUGAAUCAGCCAGAUGCUUACACCUUAUACGACAAGAUAGGUCUGCAUUAUCACCAGUUGUCACUUGAAGCCCAGGCCCAUAAGGAUAAGAACGAGCUUCUACAAUCAAGUGUGAAGGAGUACUUGAGACUGCUUGAAAUAUACGCAGGAAACCGUUCCGCUUGGGAAGGGUUGUACGCAUCAGUAAAGGAUUUGGAAGACGGUGCUGAAAAAGAGAAGUUGACCCAGAUUUGUGAACUCGAGUUGGCCAAAACGUAG